AUGACCGACUACUCCUCAUACCAGCAUCUGCUCAUCGAAAAGUCCGACGGCAUCAUCACGCUCACGAUGAAUCGCCCCGAGACCCUAAACUCCACCAACUUCCGGCUGCACAACGAGCUGAGCCGGAUCUGGCUGGACAUCGGCGCUGACCCUGAAGUGCGGGUUGCCGUGGUCACCGGGGCCGGCGAGGCAUUCUCCGCCGGCGGCGACUUCGAGAUGAUCGAGCAGGCCAUCGACAACCCCGCCAUCGUCGCCCAGAACACCAAGGAAGCCGGCGACAUCGUCUACAACAUCCUGAACCUGGACAAGCCGGUCAUCUCCGCCAUCAACGGCGUGGCCGUGGGGGCGGGCCUGGCAGUGGCCCUGAUGGCCGACAUCUCCAUCGCCGCCGAGGACGCCCGCAUCACCGACGGGCACAUCCGCCUGGGAGCCAAGUAUUACCUGCUCACCUGCGACUUUCUCGACGGCAAGGAGGCGGAGCGCAUCGGGCUGGUCAGCAUGGCCGUGCCCCGGGACGAGCUGAUGGAAACCGCCAUGCGCGUCGCCCGCCGCCUGGCCGACGGCCCGCAGCCGGCCAUCCGCUUCACCAAGCGCGCCCUGAACCAAUGGCUCCGCCAGGCCGGACACACAUCGUUCGACUACUCCCUGCUGGCCGAGGCCCUGGGUUUCUUCGGCGACGACGUGAAAGAGGCCUGGCCGCGCUGCGCGAGCGACGGCGGCCCGAAUACCCGUCGGCGAAAGACGCGUGACGUGGGCACCUUCAGUUGCCAGAUUGAGGUUUUCUCCGCUGACGGGAGCCCUCUCCUGACCCGAUUGGGCGUGGAACCCCGUCGGCGCAUCCAAUCGGAACUGGCCGACGGCAGCAUCGUAGAGGACGCCAUCGGUGAAGCCCGGGUCAGCGUCGAAGGUGUGGAAACAACAACCAUCGUGGUAUUUGUAGGUGAGGGAGCCCCAACUCUUCUUGGCGCGUACACCCUUGAAGGCGCGCUACUCAUGGUUGAUCCCAUCCGUCAACAACUUGCCCCGACGCACGCGCUGCGCAUGGCCAAUCUGAUCGAAUUCAUCGAUUCCGAGGUCCCCCAGCACUAG